AUCACAUUCGGACACAGUCUGUUAAACAUAGUGAAUUUAAAUGUUUCUGGUUGGUUAAAGAUGAGGUUAAUAUGUCGCGUUCUCUUUAUAUAAAUUAAUUUUUCAAAUCAACAAAUAAACUAAAGCAAUGCCCGGGGAAUACUCGGUUAAUAUGAGGAAGUAUGAUGCCGACGGUACCCCGUCGUCGGAGUCGGAUUCUAAAUGCCAUUGUUCUAUUGCUACGGGAUUUUUGUUGUUAUUGUUUGCAAUUCUUGUAGCUGUCGGUGUGGGUCUUAUUGUGCAUUUUGCCGGUAACAACAGUGACGCCGUCUGCAAGUGUGAUAUAUCUGGUUUAACGCCACCGUCUGAAACGUCUGAUUGUGUUGCUUUAGCAAAGGAUAAUAAUGCAGAAAUAUGCGGGGCUUGUCCGGGUGCACGAGUGACGACAACAUCCCGAACAUCACAGGGUACAACUAGGCCGCCUCUAACCACCAUGACGCCGCCCAAGAAAUAUCCUUUACGUCUGCCCGAGACUUUAUCCCCGAUUUUGUACACAGUUUCAAUCAAACCGGACUUCUACUCUGGAAAUGCGUCUGGCUUUAUGUUUUAUGGUCAUGAGUCUGUGCUUGUUUACUGUAAACAAAAUACAGACGACAUUUUUAUGCACGCUGUAGAUCUCCAGAUACCAGAAGACUCGGUAACUGUAACAGAAGAAGGCGGUUCGAGUAAUAUGUUCAAGUCUCUAGAACACGUGCAAUCCCAGCAGUUGAUAAAAAUAUCAUUAUCUUCAACAAUGAUGGCUGGAAACAACUAUACGAUCACAUUUCCAGACUUCAGCGGUCCAAUAAGAGCCGAAUUUGCCGGAAUUUACAAGGGCUCUUAUCUUAGGAACGGGCAAACAGUGUAUUAUGUGACAUCUCAAAUGGAAGUGAGCGACGCACGGAAAGCGUUCCCAUGUUUUGAUGAGCCAAAUCUCAAAGCCAUGUUUGAUAUUACGAUCGUUAGAAAGCCGAAUUUGGGAGCAAUAACAACCAUGCCGAAAAUAAUCAAAGCACAGAAGAUACAAAUGGGAAUAUUCCCCGUUUACCGUAUACGACAAGUCGGAGAAGAAUUUUUGCUAAAGACGGACGUAGGACAUUGUUCUUUUACAGACGAAGACGAACCCCAGGGAUCAGCGUCCGUACACAGUGAUAUUAUUCCCGCCCCGGAGAGUGAUAACUGGGUUAUUGGUAACACGGAGUUCCACGGAUAUUACCGAGUGAACUACGACGAAAGGAACUGGAAUUCACUUAUAAACCAACUUAUCAGAGAUCCUACGAUGAUUAAUCCAUUAAACAGAGUACAGAUUAUAAAUGAUGCCUUCAGCUUUGUUAGAUCAGGAGAACUGAAUUUAAACACAGCGUUGAAGAUUCUACAGUAUAUAAAGAAAGAAAGAAGCUAUGUUCCAUUUAGUAAACUUAUGAAAGAAGUUCAGUUCAUGGACAAGCUGCUGAAAAAUCAACCAGUUUAUGGGAAGUUCCAAAAAUUCAUGAAAGACUCGUUGAAACAGUUGGUUACUGAGUAUGGUUUUAAUGACGACGGGACGAACUAUAUCGCAUCUCAUAUGCGAGGAAUUGCGUUAAAGUGGGCGUGUUAUUACGGGGUUGAGGCGUGUACAACACAGGCACAGCAACUGAUGUCAGACUGGAUGGCAAACCCAUCAGUAAAACCACAAGGAAUCAACCCGGAAGUAUCAGAAACAGUUUAUUGUACGGCUGUGAGGUAUGGGGGAGAAACAGACUGGAAUUUUGUCAUGGAAAAGUUAAUGGUGGAAAAUGUGGAAACUGAGUCACAUAAGUUACUUAAAGCUCUCACGUGUACAUCUCACAAAUGGUUAAAGGCAAAGAUGUUGAAGUCUAUUUUAAAUGCUGACAUUAUCCCACAUCCACUAGUAUAUCGGGCAACAAUGUAUGCAGGUCAUGCUUUCCCAGAACAAACGUGGGAUUUCUUCAGAAAUCACUAUAACGACCUAUUAGAGAGAGUUGGAAUAACGUGGUUUGGAAGAUUGCUUAAGCAAGUUGUUGGUGCCUUUAACACACAACUGAGGCACGAUGAGUUGGUUCGACUUGGUGAAAGUAAAGGUGAUGAGAAGAAUGCCGAACAUGAUAUUGCAGUAGAACUUGUAAAAAACAACAUUAAAUGGAUGAAAAAUGUCGACCUUGUAGAAUCAUGGCUGAAGGGACUAGGAUACUAACGGCGUACAGAAUUAUAAUUUCAAAA